GCGCCGUUCGCCAGUUGCGUUCAGACGUUCACAACGUCACGUUCGUCUCUUUUCUCUCUCGUCGAUGCAAUCGCCGUGUUACUUCGUCGCGGUCUUCGAUGCCACGUGACUAUCGUUUUCGUUACGCGCACUUUUAAAUCGCAAAAAUUCGUACCAUCAGGACUGUCUUAUUUUUUUGUUAUUAUUGUACUUAUCGUUAUUGUUAUUGUUGCUGAUUAUCGUUCUCUUUACUUUUCUUUAUAUAUCGUUCUUCUUAUUUUGCAGAAACAUUUGCGAAGGACAUUUACAAGAUAAGUAUUUAUGAACUAAAGGAAAGAAAAGAAAAUCAAGUAAGAAUUAGAAACAAUAGAGGGAAGAAAGAGAGGAUUUUUCACUUUUCUUUUCGAAACCAUAAUUGACUUUUCGGAAAUCCAUAAUUAUGAGGUAUCACGUUGAAAGACACUCGAACGUUUUCAAUAUCCAAAAGAAAAUUAUGAUUAUUUGUUUACUUUAAAGACACGUCCGGUGUGAUAUACCGGUGUGAUAAAUCGUGGCCCUGGCGAAUAGUGUGGCAUGUGACCGUAUGUGAGACAAUGUGGUGGGUGGGUGGAUCCUGCGAUCUCCAGAGAUGCAAGUUCCUUGUUCUCCUGAUCCUGAUAGGCUGCAGCGAGGCAUAUCUCAAUAUUUUCAUCAGCCAAUCGCAAGUUAUGAAACUUUUAGGACUCGAGGCGGAAUUGUACUACGUCAGAGAGGGGGUGGUCAACGCGUACGCCAUGAAUUUUGUCGUUCCGGUGCCAGCGAAUAUAGCAGAUCUUGAAUUUUCCUGGCAGAGUCUAGCCGGUCACCCGUUACCAUAUUCUAUGGAGUUGGAUUACGAUGUAGUGAGAGUGGCGGGUGCAGCUUCAGGCAUGAUGGCUUUACUGUCUCCGAGGGUGAACGUGUCGGCCAAAGGCGAGGUCCCCGUCGUCCUGCAAGUCUUCAGGAUCAGACUGCCUUGUUCCGGUCUCGUUAGCGCCGAAAUUCCUUUGGCCCUCAGGCUGAACGUCACCGCACCUCCUGGGACCAAGUAUAACGACACCAUACUGGUUUUCAAGAGGAACAAAAUCUGCUUGAAGGGAGUCGAAACACCCCCUCGUAACGAGUCGGUACGUUUGGAGCCUGGUCCUUUGGUGAAUGGUGCUGGUGCGCUCUAUGUUGCUGCCACUUGUGCCUGUGCUUUGAUACUAGUCGUUGGCAGUGUCGCCAGUGCUUUGUACAUUCGCAAUAGCAAGGCACGAGUUCAGGAAUCUCACUAUUCGGCAGCUGACACUGACGGACUUGCCAGAAGUUCGGUACUGGUCAGAGUCGACCCACGACCCGGAAGCGCGAAUUCCGGAAGUUACGCGACCAUCGCCGACCUGGAACCGCUUUAUGCGAGACCUUGUGGAUCUAGAGCAAGUUACUAUGCUGCCAGUCAUGUCACGCAUCUCAGUCAGUCAACUGACCCCUGUGAAAAGGCAAGAGCGCUUUCAGUACCUAGAUCGGCACUUUACUGUCGUAAUCUCGUACAGGAGGGAACCUUCGGACGUGUAUACAGAGGAACUUUGGAUAUGGGUGGUCGAGAGCAAGAAGUUAUCAUCAAAACGGUGACAGAGGUAGCAUCUGCUUAUCAGGCAUCGUUGCUCGUUGUGGAGGGUUCGCAAUUAGCCGGUUUGGUACAUGCAAAUAUAGCCUCCUUGGCAGCAGCUUGCCUUGACAGUUCUUGCCCAUUGUUAGCGUACACAAGUACGCAGGGAGAAUUAAAUCUGAAACUCUACCUUACCGAUGGGAGUCACCAUCCCGUGACCAGGGAUCUGGUGAACGUUGGUGCUCAGGUUGCCAGAGCCGGAGCUUUUCUGCAUGGUCGCGGACUCUUACAUAGGGAUAUUGCUGCCAGAAAUUGUCUGAUAGAACCUAACAGCCUUCGUGUUAGAUUAGCCGAUGCUGCCUUGGCUCGAGAUCUCUUUCCUCAGGAUUAUCAUUGUCUUGGGGACAAUGAAAAUAGACCGAUACGUUGGAUGGCUUUGGAAAGUCUUCAACACAAUCAAUAUAGCACUGCGACGGACGUGUGGUCCUUCGGCGUAUUCCUCUGGGAAUUAGCAACAUUGGGUCAACAACCAUACGUUGAAGUUGAUCCAUUCGAAAUGAUGGUCUGUCUUCGAGAUGGAUAUCGAUUGGCACAACCAAGACCUUGUCCCGAUGAGCUCUUCGCCGUUAUGGCCGUCUGUUGGCUUGGCCUUUCGAGGGAUCGACCAACGAUGCCACAACUUCUCGCCUACUUGCAGGACUUUCACGACGCUCUCGGUGGUUUCAUAUAAAUCUACAAUCACGGAUUAGAAGAGUGUUCAUUGAAAGGAAACAAACGAUGUUCAAAUAUGAAGCGUUCUAAUACGAAUCAAAGACUAAUUUCGAUAAUCAAAUGAAACAUUCCGAAAUCAAAUCACAUGGAAUUGAAUUUGCACUGCCAAGUUUGCGAAACAAUGGUAAUACCCUUUUGAUAUUCGUGAUAUUUCGCUUAUAACACACCAUAAGAAUUUCUUUUCUCUCUCUCUCUCUCUCUCUUUCUCUCUUUCUUUCUCUUCUCUCUCUAUCUCUCUCUCUCUCUCUCUCUCUCUCUCUCUCUCUCUCUCUCGUUUUCUCUUUCUUUCACGAUUUAUAUCUAGUCUAGGUAACCGCACGACGAAUCCUCGCGAAUCCGAUCUCGCGAUCGAAGUACAUACAUGUGUGUACGUCCGUCCAUGGUUUUCAAAGGUCUUGUGAGAGGAAGAAAGGUAAAAAGAGAAAGGAGAAUUGCGCCUGUCGCUAGGCAAUACGUCGUCUUCCGAAGUAAGACGAGUCAAACGACGAAACGAACGAUCAAAAUCGGACGAUCGAUGAUGAUGAUUCAUCGGAAUGAAUUACGUUUUUCGAAAUAUAACAGUCGAAGUAAAAAGGAAUGAAAAUAAAAUGAGUUCUCAAAUGAGAAAGAAAGAUGAAUUAUAAUCGACGAAUAAGAAUUAAAAUGACGAUUAUCACGGGAUAAGACGGAUGAAAAAUAGGAAAAUAGUAUUACGGAAUUUGUAAUCACGUAAGAUAAGAAAGGAGGAUAGGAAGAAGAGAGAGAGAGAGAGAGAGAGAGAGAGAGAGAGAGAAAAGACUUAAGCGAGUCAAUGGACAAAAACGGCAAUUAUGAAAUUAUGGCCUUUGCUAAUUAAGACGACGACAUAGAUAGAUAUAUGUAGAGAGAGAGAGGGAGAGAGAGUGAGAGUGAAAAAGAGAGAGAGAAAGAGAGUGGGGGGGGAGAGAGAUGAAACCUUUUCUCGUUGAUCUUGGCAAAUGGUAGGCUUAGAAAACAUCUAUUUCUUUCUUUCUCUCAUUCCGUAAUUAUAAAGAUUCUUUGCGGAAGAUCGAAUCGGUAAAUGCGCGUAUGCACGUGUAGUCGUUCGAUUAUUAUUCAUUAACGAUUACGAUUGCGAAGUCUCGAAUUAUCGUCAGCUCCGAGGACAGACAGAGAGAGAGAGAGAGAGAGAGAGAGAGAGAGAGAGAGAGAGAGAGAGAGAGAGAAAGAGAGAGGAGAGAGAGAGAAAGACAGAAUGAAAAAAAUUGAGAUAAAAAGAGAAAGAGAGGGAGGGAGAGAGAGAGAGUGAGAAAGAGAGAGAGAAAGAAGGAAGGAAAGGAAAAGAGAAGGGGAGAGAUUGCGUGCGCGUGAGCACUGACAUACACACAUAUAUACGAAAAAAAAAAAAAGGAGAAAAACACACAUGUACAGAAGCAAGGCUCGGAGACACACUUAGGAAUCCUAUUGUCGUGUAUUUGACCUUCGAAAGGCACACAUACAAAUACAAUCGCACGAAGAAAAAGAGAGAAAGAUAUUGCGUACAUAUGUGUACGAGAGAAAGAGAGAGAGAAAGAGAGAGAGAGAGAGAGAGAGAGAAAGAGACAGAGUCAUGUAUGAGUUUGUGCGCACGCGCACGUAUACUGGAUGGUUGCGUAAAUGGGCGGUUUGACUAUACGUCUCUUACUCGUAGUUAUGUACCUAUUAGCUACACCGCGAAAGUCAUGUCGAACGUAGGUACGCACGUCACGCGCGAGGAAGCUCGAAUUUGCCGCCACUGCCGCCGUCUCUCGUCGCUAAAUUUCGAUCCUACGUCGUCCCUCGAUCAUAACGCUGAAAAUGCGCCCCGACUCAGCGAAAAUUCGACGACUCAGAUUUUUAAUCGCCGCUAAAAUAUUUCUAAAUGUAUUCUAAUUAUGGGCCUGGCAAUAUUGGUCGAUUUUUUCGAACGAUCGAAAAUCGAUACUCUCGUACGAUUCGUCGAAUCGAUAAGGAAUCGUACAAAAUUGUUUUCGUGAAAUUUUAUUAAAGAGCGCGUAAACAAAACUACAAAAGAAAGAAAGAAAGAAAGAAAGAAAGAAAGAAGAACAAAGAAAGGACAGAAUGUCUUUUGACUUACUUUAUUUUUCUUAAUAUUCUUGUCAAAUCAUCGCCGUAGAUUUUCAUUCUUUAAAUAAUCUUCAAAUAGAUUUAGCGCUGAUAAGAUAAAAAGAAAAGAAAAAAAAAAGAAAAAGAAAAAGAGAUUAUCGAAUUUUCGAAACAAAAAAAAAAGGAAGAAAGAAAAAAAUCGACUCUCGAAUAAUUUUAAGUCGAGUAUUUCGAGGAACUCGUAUUAAUGCCGGCUCGUAUAAUUCUACUAACUACUCGAUGUUUAUUAAAUGUCUCGCAUGUUUCCCGAUUAAAAAAAAAAAAAAUCAUUAUAAUCCUUAUUCCUUUUUCCUAACCCACACUCCCGCACUCUUUCCCAUCGUUUUUCCUCGAUAUUUCCUGAUGUGCUCUCUGUAAAGAAAAAAAAAAAGAAAAAAAAAGAAAAAAAAAAGAAAAAGAACAAAACAAAGAAAAAAAAAGGAACAAGAGAAAGAAGAGAAGAAAGAGAGACGAAAUAGAGCAGGGCACUCGUCGAAGAAACGAAUUUGCCUCUCUACUUUCUCAGAAAUAUUAUUAAAACUAUUUAACGAAAUGACAGCGAGUAUAAGCUCUCUUCUUUUUUUUUUUUGGGUGAUAGAGAAAUGAGGGGGAGAAAAAAAAACGAAAAAAAGAAAAAGAAAAAAAGAAAAGAAAAGAGAAAGAAAGGAAAGCAAGUAAGAAAUUUACUACUCGAACUAAACUAUUUAUAACGAAUUUAUCGCUCGCUAAUCUUUAAAUCUUACGAAAUUGUAAAGCGAAUUAAUUAAUUUAAUGAAAAAUCGUCGGUACCUACUACGGCUAAAUAGUCAUGUAAUCCGAUAAUCGUAUUUCGUGAAUGUUGUUUCAAUGGAGGAACAGGGUUGGCUAGGGUUGCAUACAUAUACGCGGAAAAUACGUAUGAACAGUGAAAAGAAUGCAUUGGGUAGUAAACAGACAACCCGAAUAUACCGCGGACACGUAUGCACGCACACAUACAUACUUUUUUCGCUAUCGAUGUAUGCACACUGGGAAUAGUUUAAUUUCCAUGCUGCAUUUAAGAUCCAAUUAAUAACGAUAACGAUAACGAUAACGAUAUACAUACAUACCUAUCUCUUUUUCCAUUUUGCGCGGGAAAUUCUCUAUAAUUCGUACGAAUAACGAAUGAACGAACGUUCGAAUGGCAAUGAGAGAAAAUCUAAGGGUGGACUGAUUUUCCCGCGAAUCUUUUGAUUUCUCUUUCGAUUCGAAUUUCCCCAAAUCCAUUUUCCCCUUUUCCUCUUUCCCUUUCCCCACUUCCUCCCCUUCCCCACCUCCUUAUUUCUCUUAUCUCGUCGUCAGUCCACCCACCAACCCACGAUCCCGAUAAUACCCACGGACCUCUUAAAUGGAUUCCGAAGGAUUCCGAACACAGUUUCGAGUUCACUGUAAAUACCUCUAGCGAAUAAAGGAUAGUGGUGCGCCGAGUGAGUUGAUUUGUGCAGAUUCUAUUAUUUCCUACGACGAUUUACGGCAUUAUUUUUCAACGGAAAAAUAAAAAAAAAAAAAAAUAAAAAGCGAAAAAAUAUACGUGUUGAAAAGAAA